GUGGAGUUGACGAAACAACUGGCUUCAACCCCAGCUCGCUUACGGUUAGCUCGAUCAAUAGAGGCGUUAAUCGCUGACGUUAGAAGGACUUACGACAAUACCACUAAUCCGAACAUGCGAAUCAGCAGUGUUUACGCGUUUCGAUUUCACGUAAAACCUUACUUUAUCAUCAAGCAACAAGGAUGGCUCUUCAAAACGUAAAUCCUUCUUUUACUCGCUGUGCCACUUUAUCGAAGUAAGAAAUUAGGAAAUUCAGUCAGAGAUAUAUCGUAUAGAGCCCAGCAAUCCUCAACUUCCAAGACUCGUCAUCAAAUCUUACUCUUUGACAAAGUAACAAGUCAUAAUGACAAUCAACAUCGCCAUAAUCGGCGGCGGCAUCGCCGGUCUCUGCCUCGCCCGCGGGCUCUCCAAAUCAAAAACCCUCAACAACCCAAACCAAAAUCAAAAUCUCACCAUCACCGUCUACGAAGCCGCCUCCCAGUAUCUCGACAUAGGAGGCGGUCUUGCGUUCCACGGCAACGCGAUGCGUGCACUUGCACUCAUCGAUCCGGAAUUGCAGGCGGAGUAUUUUCGCAGAGCGACGCUGAUGAGUGAGAGGGAUGUGGAGAUGGCGACGCAUGUUUUGGUUGCUGAUGGGGUUGGUGGGGAGGAGGGGAGGCCGGUACUGUUGGCGGAGUUGGGGAAGGCGAGGGGGAGGAAGACGGUUGCGAGGUGUGAUUUGUUAGAGGGAUUUUUGAGUCUGGCUCCUGAGGGAGUGGUGAAGUUGGGCAAGAGAUUAGAGAAUAUCGAAGAGGACGAGCAAGGUAUCUCAUUGACAUUCAAAGAUGGCAGUACAGCAAAAGCAGACGUUGUCAUCGGAUGUGACGGCGUACACAGCAUUGUCAGGAAAUAUCUCCUCGGCGCAGAUCAUCCUGCCGUUGAGCCCAAAUGCCACGAUAACUGGGAAUGGAUCGCACGAGCCUUACCCGCUGAGGAAGUGCGGGAGCUGAAUCCGAAUCUGCUUACUUACGUCCCGAUUUUAUGUGGCCAUGGAGGGUAUAUGAAUGCGAUACCAACGCAUUUCGGGAAGACGCUAAACUUGACGGUUGUUCAGAAGUCGCAGCAGACUAGACUGACAAAUGGGACUACGGAUGGGGCUUCUCAUCAAGAUAAGAAGAAGUUGUUUUUACCUGAGGAUUCCACGCACUGGACUAAAGACGCUCGAGAUAUUUUGGCUCUCGCCCUACGUAACCCAACCCUAGACUGGAAACUCGCUGACCACGACCACGCGCCUUUCUACUCCCGUGGAAACAUAUGUAUGCUAGGUGACGCAGCACACGCAACUAUGCCCUUCAACGGCCAGGGAGCAGCGCAGUCAGUUGAAGAUGUGGCGAUGCUGACAGCGCUGUUUGAGCAUGUGUCGGAGCUGAGACAGGUGGAGAGGGCGUUUGCGGUGUAUGAUGAGAUGAGGAGGCCCAGGACGCAGAAGGUGGUGGAGAUAAGUAGGGAGUUUGGGAGGAUGUAUGCUUUUGCUGAUGGGGAGGUGGGGGAGGAUUUGGGGGAGAUGAGGAGGAGACUUGGGGAGGGGGGGAGGUUUACGAAUGAGGUUGAUUUGGAGGGGUUGAAUGAGGAGGCUGUGAGGAGGUUUUUGGGAGUGGCGGAGUAUAGGUUUUGAUCUUGAUGGUUGAGGGAAUUUCUUUCAAUUCUGCAGUCUUUUGAUCGUUCUAAUGCUAGGACUUGAAGUGAAGGAGCUGCUAGAAGACGGUCGGUGGAAAGUAUAAGGCAUCAUGAUAAUCGAAAAGAAAGCUUGGUGAUUUGAGCACACUGAUCGACAGAUUUUCAAAAGAACCACAAACAAUAAGGAGAAAAUCACAAGAAACCUACUGAAAUGAAAUAGUGAUGAAUGAAGAUCAAGCUGGG